AUGCCCUUCUGCACCUGGACAGCUGUUGGUUCAGCAAUCGGAUCUCUGAUAGCAAUUGCCCUCAUUUCCCAAAUCUACACUUUCCAGGUCGCCACAAAGAUCAGUCGCAGAAAUGGCUUACCUCGAAUAUCGUCUCGAGAUGUGUUUGGAAUCGGCUUGCUCGGUACAAUAGCGCAGCAGAUGAAAAUCGAUAGAGUGUUUGAAUGGGCGAGUGACAUGUUGAACGUCCCCGGCCGCACUGUCGACAUGACCCUUUUUCGCCUGCGAUUUAUCUGGACUGAUGCUCCUGAAAACACACACGCUCUUCUAUCAUCUCAAUUUUCGGAUUAUGGCAAAGGUGACUUUGUGCACAAGUUGCUAGGAAAUCUGGGGGAAGGCUUGCUUGUGACUGUGGAUGGAGCGGAGUGGAGGGCGAAAAGAAAAGAACUCCGACCACAUCUCUCGACUCUAUCCGAAAAUGACCGCGAAAUCACGGAGCUUCACUUGCGUCCACUCCUGGAACGGCUCUCGCAGAGCCAGACCCCUAUUGACAUAUUUGAUGUGAUUGAUAAACUGCAACUGGAUAUCGCGAUUCACCGAUUCGUAGGCCAGUUGACCGAUGCUGAUGAGGCAGGCUACCAGCGUUUUCGAAAGGCGAAACGAACCCUGGCCGCUGCUGGGACGAUCCGACCAUUCAUCGGGCCGCUGGGGUUUCUUGUCAAGCCCAUAGAGCGAACAGCGAGGCGCGAUCUCGACAUAUACGUGCAAAAGCUACUCCGGGCGGCGGACCACUCUAUCUUCGCCAAGAGUGAGGCGGAAAUCGAGCACCGCAGGGAGCUGUUGCUGAAUCUGAUUCUCGCCGGAAAGGAUCCCACGGUCAUCACCAUUACAUGGGCUAUCUACGAACUUUCACGCAACCCGGACGUAUUGAAAAAAUUAAGAUUGGAAAUUGCAGACAUGUUUGCCAUUCCUCCUCCGAUCACCCUUUAUUGCUUCACUCCCUAG